CUAGCUUGGCUGGUUGGGGACAAGCAGGAACCGGAGCAGCACUGCCGCCUCUGGCGCGAAGGCUCAGGCGCCUCCUCCCGCCCCACCACUGUGGGCUCUGUGCACGCUGCCGGCUGCUGCUCUCUCCAGCCUCUGAAGAAGAAAGCCGGUGAGCCGCUGUCGCUUGAACCAUGGCUUCGGGCCGAAGGGGCUGGGACAGCUCCCACGAGGACGAUCUGCCUGUGUACUUGGCCCGGCCGGGCACCACGGAUCAGGUCCCCCGGCAGAAGUACGGAGGCAUGUUCUGCAACGUGGAGGGAGCCUUCGAGAGCAAGACGUUGGAUUUCGAUGCCUUGAGCGUGGGACAGCGCGGCGCCAAGACUCCCCGGAGCAGCCAGGGCAGCGGCCGCAGCGCGGGGAGCCGGCCAGGGGUGGAGGGGGACGCGCACAGGGGCCAGGGUCGGGAGGAGAGCAGGGAGCCAGCGCCUGAGUCGCCCAAGUCCGCUGGGGUGGAGAUCCGGAGCGCCACCGGCAAGGAGGUCCUGCAAAACCUCGGUCCCAAAGACAAGAGUGACCGUCUUCUAAUCAAGGGAGGAAGAAUCGUCAACGAUGAUCAGUCCUUUUAUGCUGAUAUUUACAUGGAGGAUGGCUUAAUAAAGCAAAUUGGAGACAAUCUGAUUGUCCCUGGAGGUGUGAAGACCAUUGAAGCCAAUGGGAAGAUGGUGAUUCCUGGAGGCAUUGACGUCCACACUCACUUCCAGAUGCCUUACAAGGGAAUGACCACAGUGGAUGAUUUCUUCCAAGGGACAAAGGCUGCCUUAGCAGGUGGCACCACCAUGAUCAUUGACCAUGUGGUACCUGAACCUGAGUCUAGCCUGACGGAGGCCUAUGAAAAGUGGCGUGAGUGGGCUGAUGGGAAAAGCUGUUGUGACUAUGCUUUGCAUGUGGAUAUCACCCACUGGAAUGACAGUGUCAAGCAAGAAGUACAGAACCUCAGCAAAGACAAAGGUGUUAAUUCCUUCAUGGUUUACAUGGCCUACAAGGAUUUAUAUCAAGUAUCCAACACAGAGCUCUAUGACAUAUUCACCUGCCUGGGAGAGCUGGGGGCCAUUGCUCAAGUUCAUGCCGAGAAUGGAGAUAUCAUAGCCCAGGAGCAGGCCCGGAUGUUGGAAAUGGGGAUAACUGGCCCAGAAGGCCAUGUUCUGAGCAGGCCAGAAGAGCUGGAAGCUGAGGCUGUGUUCCGUGCCAUCACCAUUGCCAGCCAGACCAACUGCCCCCUCUAUGUCACCAAGGUCAUGAGCAAGAGUGCAGCUGAUCUCAUCUCACAAGCCAGGAAGAAAGGAAAUGUGGUCUUUGGCGAACCCAUCACUGCCAGUCUCGGAAUAGAUGGAACUCAUUACUGGAGUAAGAACUGGGCCAAGGCAGCUGCAUUUGUGACAUCCCCACCUCUGAGCCCCGACCCAACCACACCCGACUACAUCAACUCCUUGCUGGCCAGCGGUGAUCUGCAGCUCUCUGGAAGUGCCCACUGUACCUUCAGCACUGCCCAGAAAGCCAUAGGGAAGGACAACUUCACAGCCAUCCCUGAGGGCACCAAUGGUGUGGAGGAACGCAUGUCUGUCAUCUGGGACAAGGCUGUGGCCACGGGAAAGAUGGAUGAAAAUCAGUUUGUGGCUGUGACCAGCACCAAUGCUGCCAAGAUAUUCAACCUGUACCCACGCAAGGGGAGAAUAGCCGUGGGCUCAGACAGCGACCUGGUCAUCUGGGAUCCAGACGCUGUGAAGAUUGUCUCUGCCAAGAACCACCAGUCGGUUGCAGAAUACAACAUCUUUGAAGGGAUGGAGCUUCGCGGGGCACCGCUGGUGGUUAUCUGCCAGGGCAAGAUCAUGCUGGAAGACAGCAACUUGCAUGUGACCCAGGGGGCUGGCCGCUUCGUUCCCUGCAGCCCGUUCUCUGACUAUGUCUACAAGCGCAUUAAAGCCAGGAGGAAGAUGGCAGACCUGCAUGCAGUCCCCAGAGGCAUGUAUGAUGGACCAGUGUUUGACUUGACCACCACCCCCAAGGGGGGCACCCCAGCUGGCUCGACUCGAGGCUCUCCCACUCGGCCGAACCCACCAGUGAGGAACCUUCAUCAGUCAGGAUUUAGCCUGUCAGGCACCCAAGUGGAUGAGGGGGUCCGCUCAGCCAGCAAACGCAUCGUGGCGCCCCCUGGGGGCCGUUCUAAUAUCACAUCCCUGAGUUAAGCAAGCCCUCCCAAAGAGGGAGACAGAAGCAAGAAGAGAUUUUUUUUCUGAAGCCAAAAUGGUACACCGAUAUUUAAGAAGGAAAGUGAAUCCAAACAGUUGCGAUCUAAAGAAUCAAAUAAGCCUCAAGCCUUAUGUUUCCCGAUGUUAUGCUCGCUUGCCUAGCUUUAUGAAUUGCUUUGAUUUCUGUUUAUGCAUAAUCUUGAUUUCUUCGAUCCCUCCCCCUCACUUACAUGCAUGCGAUCAGGCAGGCCGCUAAGGUAGAGUCUGCAUAUUAUAGUGUUGAGAGCGUCUGUAGCGCUGCAUCUUAUGACAAGGGGACAAGACGAAGCUGGGACAUCAAGACAAUGAACAAAAGGCAGGAAGGUUUCUUUGGGUGAUUGGGUGGUGGGAGCCCAGGGCAAGGUGGAGGGCACAAAGGGGCUGGAGUGGGGUGUGUAGGAGGGAGGUGGGUGGGCUGGGUGAGCAGGAGGGUAUUGUGUGUUGUGUUGAUGAUGUACGUUAAUUUUCAUGAAAAAUGGCCACGAGUGGCAACUGGAUACUCCAUCACAGUCCCCUGGGAUCUGCAGAGAAGGCAGGAAGAGGUCUUUGGGUCCUGGACUUUGUCAUAUCCUUUCCUAGUAGAUUUUUUCUUUAGUCAUUUGUUAAAUGUCAGAAUCCAGCCAAUUCUUCUACUUGUUUUAUCAUACCAGUGUUUGCUUUCUAAGCCUCUUUUCUGGGUUGUGAAGGGCACACAGGCAGAACAAAUGGAGGGAUCUCUUCCUCUUCUGCUUCCUUGGUGCUCAUCAAAGGCUGCCACAGAGAGUGCAGCAUGGCCUUCCUCUCAGUCCUGGGGAGGCAGCUCUCUCUCUCUCUCCUGCCUGCAAGCUGAGGGGAGACGAUGCAUGCUCUUGCCAACUGAGUUAGCAUCAUGGCAGAGAGACUCAAGGGUGAUGUGAAUGACUAUCUCUUGAUCUUCUUGGAUCCAAACACAUUCGGGAUUUUUCUUUUCUUUUUUCUUUUCUUUUCUUUUCUUUUCUUUUCUUUUCUUU